GGGUUGGGGGCAGUGGGCGGGUGCACAGGUUGCGCGCCGCCGCGGGGGAGACCAGCCCCGCGCUCUCUGCCUCGGGCCGUCCGUCCGCGGUGGGAGAUUCGGCCGGGAUGCUCAGUGUCCUAACGCUGCUGCUGCUGCUCAGUGCCCCGGGGACCAGGCAAUUUGUGUCACAGAGGGCUGCCUCGACCUUCCUGUCCCGGAGCCGGAGGGCGAACCAUGUGUUCGAGGAGACGCGGCAGGGCCACCUGGAGCGGGAGUGUGUGGAGGAGUUCUGUAGCAUGGAGGAGGCUCGGGAGGUCUUUGAGAAUGACCCAGAAACGAAUUACUUUUACCCAAAGUAUCGGGAAUGCCUCUCUCGGUAUGGACCCAAAACCAAAAUGAGCUCUGACCUGGAGACCUGUGUUCACAAUAUUCCCAAUCAGUGUUCCCCUGUGCCUUGCCAUCCGGCCGGCUUCGAGCGUUGUGAGGACCUGAAGGGAGCCUUCAAGUGCGUGUGUAAGCAGGGCUGGAAAGGUGUCACGUGUAGCGUAGAUGUUGAUGAGUGUAAAUCCAGAAAUGGCGGUUGUGAGCACAUCUGUUCCAAUGUAGAGGGCAGUUACCGGUGUUCGUGUCGGCCCGGCUUCAACCUGCUUCCCGACAAACGCCGGUGCAGUGAUAUAAAUGAAUGUGCGUUGAAUGCUGAGCUCUGUGGAUUAGCACGUUGUGUAAACACACCAGGCUCUUACAGAUGCAGUUGUGACUCAGGGUACAAAUAUGAAUCUUCAUCCAAGAGUUGCCAAGAUAUCGAUGAAUGUGAAGGUCCUGUCUGUGCAGGGGGAUGUGUCAACAUGGCUGGCAAGUACUCCUGCUACUGUGAUGGGAAGCGGGAAUUAAAGCUGGCUGCGGACAUGCAGAACUGUGUGAAUAUUUUGCCUUGUGUGUCACUGAAUACUGUGAAGAAUGAGGGAUCCCUGUAUCUGGGAAGGUUUUUCCAAGGAUUUCCUGUGUUGUAUUUUAACUUCAAGAGAAAGCAUCAGACAAGGUUCUCAGUAGAAUUUGACUUCCGCACAUUUGACACGGAGGGCACGAUAUUCCAGGCGGGACAUCAGAAUAACACAUGGAUCAUGCUAGCUCUGCACAACGGGAAGCUUCAGGUCCAGUAUCACAAUGCCAAUGAAGCCUCAGGAGUCACGACUGGAGGCCCACUUGUGAAUGACGGGCAAUGGCACACAAUUUCCGUUGAAGAAUCAACAAACAGUUUAGUUGUGAAAGUUGCUCGAGAGGCGGUGAUGAAUAUUAACAUCCCCCAGAGCCUGUUUCUGAAGAUUCCGGGACAGUUUCAGAUAGACAUCACUGUCGGAGGCCUCUUUACUGGUGCCCAGCUUGUUAAACAGAUUAACCCUAGACUGGACGCAUGCCUGCGAGGAUGGAAUUGGAUGAACAGUGAGGACACAAUAAGGGAGACCAUCGAACAUGACGAAAGAAUGCAGUGCUUCGCCGAGCUAGAGAGGGGUUCCUACUACCCUGGACAUGGCCUGGCUUCAUUCCUCCUGAAUUACGAUAUCCAACUGGGAGCGGACACUAGGAGCUGGGAGGUGAACUUUGCUUUCUCCAUCCGCCCGUCUCAAGACACAGGGGUGUUGGUUGCCUUGGUCAAUGAAAGCAGUGUCCCACUGUCACUGGCCAUCAUCGAUCUGAACGCCACCACAAAGGGUGUCACGUUGGCUAUCGAGAAUGUGGUUGUUUACCAGCUGGACCGGUUGCUGCUGUGUGCUGGUGAUAGACUGUCCAUCAAGUUGAUUGCUACUGAAGGCCGUAUAGUCCUGGAGUCCUCAGGCCUGCUCGGGAGCAGCCCUCUGAAAAGGUCACAACUUGCCGAGCGUCUCAGCACACUCGACCGGUACAUGCGGGGAUCGGUGCAGACCUAUGUGGGUGGAGUGCCAGAUGUUCCAAUAACAGCAGCACCCGUCACUGCCUUCUACCAGGGCUGUAUGGAUGUCUACGUCAAUGACCACGCCCUGGACCUUGAUAAGGCUCAGUACAAACACAACGACAUCAGGUCCCACUCCUGCCCUCUGCCGAACACAGCACCUUAGCCAAGGGAGGCACCCCCUUCACCAUGAGCAUCCACUAUACCUGGAUGUCUCAAGCUAAUUUCCUGUACUCCACUGAUGGGGCUUCUCUCAGUAUCUGUCUGGGAGGUGGGAGAGGAGAAGCAAAACAAAGUAGCUCGGAAGUGAAGAUGCUGCAAUGCCAAAGUGUGUAACCAGGCCCCCAUCUCUGCAGGUCGCAGAUCAAAGUGUGCGGGCACAGCUUUAACUGCAAGUGAUUUUAACCACGGAAAGUUUAUCCAGUUAGCCGGGAAGCUGAGCUGGGAGGGGGUGGCAGCUUCAGUCUGCAAGGGUAUCAGCACAUCGAUCGAGAGUGGCCUCAGCUUAAUGCCUUUCAAUGCAACUUAUAUACAAUACUGUGCUAUAUCCUCAGCAUACACCUGUAAACAUUGUACGGUAUUUCAAAGUAUAUGGAAAGGUGCUUCACAGAAUGAAAGUAUACUGGCCUAAA